AUGAUGUCCAUGCAGCGCUCCCUCUCUUCUCCGGUUCGCACGCAAUCUACGCCGCCUCCCGAACUCGCCUCGCCCGCGCAGGCAAACGCAAAGCCAACCUCGACAGACCCCUCGACCAAGCACCUCCGAUCCGGUCGCUACCGCUCACCCAGUCCCAGGCGCCGCUCCAGCUCUCGAACCCUAGAUGCCAGGCCCUCCCGCAGGAAUGACGAGGCUUUGCGUCCCACCCGUCUCCAGGACGGUCCCCAGGCCGCAAAGCCUCUGGUGACCGAUACCACCGCCGCCGCUCUACCACCCAUGGCUACUUAUCCCUCCCAGGAGCUUCCCACGAGGUCCCAUACCAUCCAUGGAGAUAGGCUAGCUGCCCGCAUGCCCAGGUCGCUCAUCGACAACGUUGCGCUUUACACAAACCAUAGCUUUCCGGUGCCCAGGGAUACCACCACCCUCCAGGAGCUAGCCCACUUGGCCCGCCUGUCCAGAUACCAAGCCCGCAAGAGGAACAUUACCCGUGUUCGUCUGGAAAGGACCCUUAUCAGCACAGCGCUCGGUGCCCGGCUGACGCGCUGUGGUGACAUUGCCCACCGCAACCUGGUCGACAGCUUCCGCAGGGAUGAAAAGGAAAACUUUGCUGCCCUAUACAACGCCAUUCAGGAUGUCCGAAAGAGCUGCGACGAGCUCAGGAGGUUUGCGCUUCUCGAACCUGAUCUGGAAUCACAGUCCUCGCCCAUCCUUGGCUCUUCGGAAAGCGUCGACACCAUUUCAGCCCUCCCCAAUGGCGACUCGAAUUCACGCCCGGCUGCCACCUUUUUGGACGACAUAUCUGCUUCUGCUAGAGACUCUUUUCUCGAAUUCCUUUCCGAGAUACGAAACAAUCCGGACUAUCUGCCCUCCAGGAUAUCGGCUCUCUCUAGCUCGGAGCUCAAUGUUUUCCUCAACCCCCACCGCGGCCUGGAACCCGUGGAAUCUGUCCUGUCUUCCAACAACCGCUCCUAUGCCCGGAACUCUUCCAUCCAUCAUCGCCACAGCGCGGGCGAUGUCGAACGCUUCAUGUCCUUCCAGCGCCACGAUCCGCUUUCCAUUCUCAUCCACACUUGCUUUGCUAACUCGGCAGGUCCCGACAGCAGCGAGGACCGCAAACGCCUGGAUGUCUGGGCCUCUGUCCUGGCCAGGCUCAUCUCGGAGCCCAAGUCCUCAAGCGAGCACUUUCUCAUCUGCGUCCUCAACUGUUGGACAAUGAUGCGCGAAUGGUCCGGAAAGUCCAAUAUGGAAUGGUACCUUAUGAAGAUCCUGUCCGACGGUGCCUUUCUCCUUGAGAGGGCCGAGGACCAGCAUGGCACCCGCCUCAACAUAUCUGACUGGACCCAAGCCGACGAGACUGCUGCCCGCGAGUUUUACGAGAAUGCCGUGAACCAGCUCUUUGAGAUUGUGGAUGACCCGGACAAUACUGGAAUCCCGGACGGCCUGCUUGAACUUGGCAACGCCGUCCUCAAAAAGCUGGACAGUAAGUAUCUCGACAAUACCGCGAAGUGGCUCGUCUGGAGGUGUCUCUUCUUUGUCUUCUUUCUUGGCGUCAUUGUCCACCCAGAGUCGCAUGGAAUGCUCACCGAGCACCACAUAACCCCCUAUGCCAGGGAAAAGAUUCUGAAAAAGGUUGCCAUGAAGGCCCAUGAAUACGUUUCCGGGCUCUGGAGCGGAAACAAGUCUGCCUCUGCCAAAACGUCAGAUAUCCCACAGCACAUCCGCGUCCACGUUGAGAGCAUCCUCGCCAGAUUCCAGAACUCGGACUACAAGCCUCCUGCUUCUCGACUCUUGCCUGCCAAGUCGAUAACCUCGCUUCGCGAAACCGCAGAGGUCCAUCCAUAUCUAGUUCUCUGCCCGGCCGACCUGUCCUGCCUGGUGAACGCUCUGUAUCCGGAACGCCGCCCACUCUCCUCCGCCUCCAGCACGUUCAAAUCCGGCGCUGCCUCCAUCUCCGGCCUAUCCUCCGCAUCCCAACCGGUCGCAUUUUCCAACCCCAGAAACAGCUUUGAGACUGCAUCGACUACUUCAGUGCGAGACUCGCCCACAAUCACCGAGCCGGAUUUGCAACGCAAGCUCAACAAAUACGAGGAUGACGGCUAUCCGCUGCGGCUAGCUCUUCACGAACUAACUCGAAACAUGGGCCCAGAUGUCAUCCGAGGCGCGAGCCACCCCUGCGCGGAACGCUGGGUUGUGCUCUUCGUCUCCUCCGACGGCAAGAAGCUGGCGACUACUCUCAGCUAUGAUGCAGACGAAGACCACGACGAGCGCAACUCGUCGAGUAGUGAAUAUGACAAUGAGACUGCAUCGACAUCGGAACUCGACAAGGGCUACUAUCAGCUCCGCGAUGCAGUCCUGAAGCUAGUCGAAGAAUACGAGAUUCCGCGAGAUCUGGAAGCCGAGGCUAGUGAUGUGGAGAUUUCGAAUCGUCCAUCCAGGUUGAAAAAGUCGAGUUCGAGACGCAGCUCCAGGCGCGAUAAGCUCGCCCCGGAACCAACUGGGGGUGUCUCGUUACGUCGAUCUCAUUCACCACGUGCGUCGCCGCGGCCCAGCAUUAGCCCAACAGAACCCGAAAAGGAAGCGCCGCUAGUUACUAUGCUCAAAGCAGCGUGGUCCCAGUCCAAGGCGCAUUCCGACUUUGUGUCAUCGCACAUGUACUGGAAGACAUUGAACCAGCUGCGCGGGCUGAACUCGGAAUCUCUGCGGCGCAACGGAUAUGCGGCGCUCAUCAACAUUUUUUCGCGAGAGCCGAGAGACUACAUUUCCAAAUCGGCCCUCGCUAUUGAAGAGUACGAGGCUUGGCUGGUCUGGCUCAAGCAAAGCCAAGAGCGACUUGAGGGUCAGAUCGACCGUAUGAUGAGGCGGACAAGAGCGAUCCGCGAUAAGAUGUGGUACAUUGCCGAUGUGCGUAAUUCCAAGGAAUACGAGCACAGUCGCGACAUAAGCCAGGCUUUGAGAGCGAUGGGCACUACAAGCCGCUGGCGUUCACCGACGUCGCGAUCUGGCAAGAGCAGCUCAUAUAUAAACAGAGCCGAGUCUCAGGUGUUGGAUAUCAUUGCGGCGUCCCCCGAUCAAGGUGGGCCGAAUAAACUUACCGAUGAGCAAGCAGAGAUGACGUCUGCUUGGAUCAAACAAUACGGCAUCGAAAAUUUCUGUCAGGGCGAGGAAAGAAUACACCGCUUUUGCUGCGAGGUGGAAAGGUGUGUGACAAAGUUGAUUGGCGAGACUAUUCGCGAGGCGCCUGUGUUGUGGUCCAGCGAACUAUACAAACGAGAUAAGGCAAUGUACGAUCGGAUGAAAAUGCGUGAGAGAGACCAGGGCUGGGUAGGCGAUGACACGGGCAGCAUUAUGAGUGAAAACGAGCGAAGACAAACCUACUCUACGCUGCGACCAACGGCCUUUGGAAGAGACUUGAGGCAUAUGAGCUCUCAAAAUGCCUCCCUGGAAUCUGUGCGGCAUGGCUUUGCUAGACAUGCGGCAUCACUGUCCGAGGUGCUUGAUGGCCAUGACACCUUUGAUCGAUAUUCGCCUGUGCAUACGACGGAUUCGGCCAACACUUUCUGGUCGCCCUUCCAGCCACCGAUAUCUCCUAUCUCUCGCGCCUAUUCCCCUACCACCAGCCUGACGAACCUCUCGGCUACAUUUACAGGCUCCCCGCACCACGCAGCGCUGGCAUCCCACAGCAGUGUUUCCACUGGUCGGCCGGCUACAGCGACAUCAUCCAACGAGACUGUGCAUCAGCAUGUUGCUGACGGCGAUCGGGCCAGGUUUCUGUCGGAGCUCAGGCAGUCUUUGACAAGCCUGUUACUGUCUGACCUAGGCAGCCAACUUUUAUCCAACGGCUCCGAAACGGACAUGUGGGUGGCGCAGCUCGGGCAAGAAUGUAUCGAUCGCAAGGAUGCUCUAGAGCAACAUGCGCAGCGAAAGAAUGCACUCAAGGAGAAACCAAGCCGCAACUUGACAAAACCCAGGGUCAUUGAGAAGAAGAAGAGCUUUGGCAAUCUUCGUGGUGCUGGGGAGUGUGCCGUGGAGCGCAUGGAUGGUGUGGAUAUUUCUUCGAGCCCGGCCUCAGGCUAUCUCACUCAGACGGAAGACGUUCAACCUGCAAAGCCAAAGGACAACAAUCCGGAGUUUCCUUUCAGAAACGCCUACCGACGCCUCUUGACCAUGUUUUCGGUGCACCCGAAUCCCUAUACCAAGCUGCAUGCUCUAAAGGAACUUGAGCACUUGUUGGUGGCGUCUAUGCCAGCUUCGCCGCGCAAAAAAGCAAAAUGGAGGCCGGAGAUGGCUGCCCAAGACACGAGAGACCUAGGCGCUCGACGCACGACCCUUGACGGCGCCAUCGACUCUAUUCAGGAAAAGCGGAUGCAGCACACGGGCAAUUAUGGCGGUUAUGGUGCCAACGGUGGAUUUUGCGGGGCGUCAGGGUCAGACGCCAUAAUUACGGAGCUUAUGAAGCUUCUCAAAGAUCCUUCCAUGCGGCCAAAGCAGCUGUACCGUGACUUGCAGCUGAUUUCGUCUUUCGUGUCGCCAGCUGUGCUGGAUCGACCGGACAGAAGCAAGGCUUUCUGGGAUGUAGGUCUAGCGGCGUUGAAGCUCAAGUCGGAGGUGUGCCGUACCAUGGUUGAGAUGGCGGAUGAAGUGUUUGCGACACACACGCAGACGCGGGGUUGCGCUAUUGACAUGGCCCCUGGAGGUGCCCCAGUGCAGUCGUCUACGGGCACUCCUCCGCCGCCGUCGUCAACCUACAAACUGAAGGACGUGGGCAAGAUGUGGGCAAUCACCGCCAGGGAGGGCUACCCGACGGCGCAGCGCGAGCUGGCACUGUUCUACCUUUCGAACCCCGAGUUUGUGGAGCGCAUCACGCUUCCUCUUUCCAGGCCGCGGGAGGUCUUUAAGCAGGUGGUGAUGGACAAGUACAGGCGCAACGACAAGCGCAGCAGCGGCAUCGGAGCGCAGGGUGCCGGUGCAGCCAGUGGCAGCGGCACGCAAGCCGCGGGCAAGGGCAGCGACGUGAGAAACGACCCGGGAUUGAUGUGCGUCGCGGUGCACUGGAUGGAAGCGGCAGAACGGGGGGGCGAUGAGCUCGCGACGAGCUUCCUGCGACAAAAUGAAUUCAUGGGACGGGCGUAG